UUAGACUUGAUCCAAUUGAAGUAAGCGCAUGAUCAUGUCCAGUGACAAGAUAAUAUCACCAUCGGCCUCCUCGAUGUCGAAGCUAACCAUAUCAGAUACUUCCAAACUAGGUUUCGGAUACAAUCCAUCGAUAGGACCAUCAUCAAACGCUAUCAAUUCUGAGAGUCUGAAUAUAUUAGUGAAUAAAAAAACCAUAAGCUUAACGAGUGUAUCACAUAAUUCGAUAUAUGACCGUAACGUGAAUAAUAAGAAGGUUGCAGAGAUUAAUUUAUCAUCAUUAUCGUUUCUAUUUUGCGAAAUAGUUAAUUGGAGUCAUAAAAAUUCCAAAGGUAUCCAAGAUUUGGAGACAAGAUUAAAUGGGUUAGGCUAUCAAGUUGGUCAACGGUUCUUAGAAUUGGUCAAACUAAGAGAAGGAUUGAAAUAUAGUAAAAGAGAAAUAAGAAUAAUUGAAGUGUUACAAUUUAUUCAUGGAUCUUUUUGGAGAUCUAUUUUCGGUAAAACUGCUAAUGAACUAGAAAAAUCUCAAGAUUUGAAUGAUGAAUAUAUGAUUACUGAUAAUGUUCCAUUACUAUCGCGAUUCAUUAGUAUUCCCAAAGAUUAUGGUAAUUUGAAUUGUUCGGCCUACAUUGCUGGUAUAAUAGAAGGUGCUCUAGAUUCUUCUGGUUUCCAUGCGACCGUCACUGCCCACUCCGUUCCAACCAACGAGUAUCCAUUAAGGACUGUUUUCUUAAUCAAGUUUGACCAACAAUUACUACUUAGGGAAGAAUUACGAUUCAACUAAUGCAUAUAUAUAUACAUAAUCAUAUAUAUAAACCAUCCAAGAUCAAGUAAAAAAAAAU